CUACUACAUUACAUUAGCUUUACUUGCACCUUUCUUUUUGCUACUCUGCAACACCACUCAGCCUUUCAAGAAAAUGGCUAAAGAUGAAGACUUUAAGCUUCUCAAGAUCCAGACAUGCAGUUUGAGAGUGAACUUGCACUGUGAUGGGUGUAAGCAAAAAGUCAAGAAAAUCCUUCAAAAAAUUGAAGGUGUAUAUCAAGUUAGCAUAGAUGCAGAGCAACAGAAAGUAACAGUUUCAGGAAGUGUAGACACUGCAACUUUGAUAAAGAAACUUGUGAAAGCUGGUAAACAUGCUGAAAUUUGGUCAAACAAAUCCAACAAAAACCAAAGUCAAAGUCAAAACCAAAAGGCUUCUGGUAUGAAAGAUGACAAGAAAAACAAUGCCCAGAAAGAAAAUAUCAUCAAGGGCCUUGAAUCUUUGAAAAAGCAGCAAACUUUAGCCUCUGGUGGAGAUGAGAAUCCAUUUGAAAAUGAUGAAGAUUUGAAGUUUCUCAAAGGGAAAUUGAAUCAGUUGGGGCUUAUACAGCAGCAGCAACAGAAACAACAAGAAUCAGCUGCUGCAAAUGCUGCAAAUAAUGCAAAAAAUGUGAAGAAUAAUAAAAGUCAACCAAACAAUGGAAAUGGAAAGAAAAGUCAAAAUGUGGGAGGAGGGCAAAAAGGUAAUUUUCAGAAUAAUGAUGAGGCUAAUGAGUUAAACUCUAUACUGAACAGUCUUGGUGGUGGUGGUGGUGGUAAUCAUGGAGGAUUUGAAAUGGCUAAUGGUGGUCAAAAUAUGAUGAUGAACAUGAAUAAUGGACUAGGCUACAACCAGCAACAACAAGAGUACAAUUCUGCAGCAGCUAUGAUGAUGAAUCUGCAAAACAGGCAAGCAAUGUAUCAAAGGUCUCCUGUGAUGCCACCAAGUACUAGUUACUAUUACUACAAUUACAAUCCUGCCCCUUAUCCUUACUAUGAGCCAUCUCAUGGCUACUACUACAAUAAUGGUAGCAAUGUUGGUGGUGGUGGUGAUUCUAACAUGAUGAGCGAUGAGGGCGCUACUAGUUGUUCGAUCAUGUAAGCGACAAAAGUCGACCAAGUUUAGUUCCGUAGUGUUGUGAAAGUAGUUUGGUUUGAUGUAGUUGGUCAUGCAUGUUCUUAAUGGAUAAGUUUUAGAUGUGUUUAGUAUUGCAAAAGAAGAGUUUUGUUAAGGAAGUUGGAAUGUUUGAUAUCUUGGUGGUUUGUUUUUGAA